AUGGACGACGUUCGUCUCGACGACAACGAGCGGCCUGCGAAGAGACAGAGGACUCGAAAUGCGACGCCGCCGCCGCCGCCGCUGGCUGCUCGCAAGCUGAAGCCCAUCUCGCCACCGUGGAAGAAGAUCGAGGCGGAUGGCCCAACAUCAUACACUGAGAACGGGCGGCGCAAAUCCGGUCGUAUCAAUUCAUUGCCCAUCCCAGCCGAUCCGCCCAAUCCGAAUCCGAAGCGCAAUACUCGACAUUCCAUGAAUGGAUCGACUGGGAGCACGCCCAAGGAGAGCUCGAUGACUAAUGGCAAAUCAAGCAAGAUGGCAGGAGGCAACGCAUCCAAGCAGAAGCCCUCGGGCAAGGCUACGCCAGCCAGCACCACAGCGUCCGAAUCGAACUCGAGAUAUGGUUCCAGACGAGGUGCUGCUCCAGAGCCUAGGUCAUCCUCACGAAUCACACGUCGACGAACUCCCUCGCCCCCGGCACAGUCCCUCAGACAUUCCACGCGCACGCGAAGAACACGACUCAGCGAUGUGUCUGCUGCAGCCGAACAAGAUGCUGUGGGCAGCUUCACCAAACAUAAUACGUUUGAAAGCUCAGGCAAGUCGCCUCGAGUCAAGUUGAGGGUUGGAUCUCGGCUCGGUGUGAUUCCGUUGGUCCAUCCGGACCAGGUACGCAAACGACCACGCAUCGGGACUGACUUUGACGAUUUUUGGAGUCGGGCUGGAAGCAUUCCGGUAGAAGAUGGCGGCCUCAUGGCUUCUGAGGAUGGGCCACCAUAUACAGAUGAAAUGGCGCAACAUGAUGCACGCAUAAUUCUCCGUAUAGAGGAGGAGGUCGAGCCAGGAGGAAUACUUUCGAUGCAACACUGCUCCCUAUUCGUGCCUGAGGGAGAAGAAGAGCCGCCAAGGCAAUGGGCUCGACAAGAUCAUAUGACAAGAGCCGCAGCCAACUUUCGAAAACUGAUGGUAGUGGAACAACAGCGGCAUCGAUCAACAGCCAAAAAGCUUGCUGAAGCCUGUCGCGAAGAAUGGUUACGACGCCAGCCCAAAUCUGCCGAAGAGAUAGAAUCAGAAGCAAGGGCGUUCUGGUUGGUACGCUAUCGGAUUGUUCUCAAAUCCCUCUCUGGCACUUGGGAAAAUGUUCGCACAGAGGUCAACAGGCGGCGAUUGGCGCAAUGGGAGGCAGAAGAGCAAAAAAGAGUCAAAGCUGCGCUUAACCAGGCCGUCAGUCUAUCAGAACAGAAAUUGCAGGCUCGUCGCGCCGGAGGCAUGGAUUCAGAAUCUCUGUUUGAUGAGGACGAUGGCUUUGAUGAUCUGAGCGACAGCGCUAGCGACGAUAAUGGAGACGAAGACGAGUCUCGUCUCUCUUCAGCAGAGACUGAUGGAAGCAGCGGUGACGGCGAUGAUAGCGACAUGAUGUCUUCGUCCGAAGAUGAAGAUGACGAAGAUCAGAAAGAUGUGGCAGACGAGGGCCUCACACAGGAACAGCUACGAGCGAAAUACGCCAAUAUACCCAAUCUAGAAGCUCCCGAGAAAACAGAGUCAGUUGUUGAGAACACGAGCCAGAGCCCUGGGAAUGCAGGAGAGUCAGACGCCGAGACUAGCGAUGAAUCAGUGGAUAUGGAUGACGACCUAGGAUCAAGUGAUUUUGAUGGGAGCGACGAGUCUGGAGACGAGGCAUCAACGGAUGAAUCGGGGUCUGAGGAGGAGGCCAGUGGUCUGCUGGGACUCUUUUUUGGAAAAUCAGAGCUGAAAGAAAUGAAGAAAAUAGAGGCCAAAGCUGAAAAUCCCGAAAACGACGAGGCGAGCGCUCAGGUCGAUGCGUCCGAGCCGGAAAUCGCACAGCCAGAUUUGGAGAUGGAAGACGAUGACGAUGAUGAAAUGUCGCUCAUCCGCCACCCUGAUUCCAUCUACGGUGACGACGCAGAUGAUAAUGGAGAUGGUGCUAACGAUGUGGCAUCUGCUUUAGAAACCAAGCCGAAUGGCCUGGAGAGCGGAAACCAGCACGAGGAUGAAACUGAAAUACCUACAAUCUCUGCAGACCAUGUCGACGUUGAUUCAGGAAACAUUGAUCAAGACGUAUUGAUGGCAGAUGCUCCGGAGACUGCGGCCAGCGACAUGUCAAAAUCCGAAGAGCUUGCAAGCACGGCAGCUUCAGAGAAAUGUGCUCAUCCUAAGAUAGCAGCAACGAAUGCCCAUUCUGAUACCUCACCAGGCACAUCAUUGCCAACAACCACGGACACCAAAUUGGAAUCGCAGCAACCUGAUGGCGAGAUAUCGCCGCCAAAAGAGUCUCUGCCGGCAGAACCAUCCACCGCCGUUGCUCGAGUCUCAACACCUCAAUCUGCGGCCCAUAAAAUAGAAGUUCCAUUCCUCCUCCGGGGGACACUGCGCGAGUACCAAAGACAAGGCCUCGACUGGCUGGCAGGCCUUUAUGCAAACAACACCAAUGGUAUCCUGGCAGAUGAGAUGGGUCUGGGCAAAACGAUCCAGACCAUUGCGCUGUUAGCACAUCUUGCCUGUCGUCACGAAGUCUGGGGUCCACAUCUGGUCAUCGUGCCCACCAGUGUAAUGCUGAACUGGGAAAUGGAAUUCAAAAAGUGGUGUCCUGGCUUCAAGAUACUCGCCUACUACGGCUCUCAAGAGGAGCGGAAGAGGAAACGUCAAGGCUGGAACAAUGACGACGUUUGGAACGUCUGCGUGACUUCAUAUCAAUUGGUGCUUCAAGAUCAACAGGUGUUUAGGCGACGCCGAUGGCACUAUAUGAUUCUUGAUGAAGCGCAUAAUAUCAAGAACUUCAAAUCACAGAGAUGGCAAACGCUGCUAGGGUUUAACACACACUCGCGUCUUCUCCUUACAGGAACCCCGCUUCAAAAUAACCUGACAGAGCUCUGGUCACUAUUGUUUUUCCUUAUGCCUGCGGAGAACGGCGUCGGGGGAUUUGCAGAUUUACAAGAGUUUCACGAUUGGUUUCGCAAACCAGAGUCACAAAUCUUGGAAAACGGGAGGGACCAAAUGGAUGACGAAGCCAAGGCAAUCAUUGCAAAGCUUCAUAAGGUUCUACGGCCGUACCUUCUCAGACGUCUCAAAGCCGACGUGGAGAAGCAGAUGCCAGCCAAGUACGAACAUGUCGAAUUCUGCCGACUUUCGAAGCGCCAGCGUGAACUGUAUGAUGGCUUCCUAGCACGCAGCGAUACAAGAGAUACGCUGGCAUCCGGUAAUUAUCUCUCCAUCAUCAAUUGUUUGAUGCAGCUGCGCAAAGUCUGCAACCAUCCCGACCUGUUCAUCGACCGCCCCAUCAUGACAUCGUUUCGCAUGAGAAAAUCUGUAGCGGCAGAGUAUCAGGAUACGGUGAGAGUUGUGCAGCGGUCUUUGGUUGCAGAGAGUCCCAUGAGCACUGUCAACUUGGGCUUUCUGAACCUAGUGCCAACUCAGCAUGAGCAUCUAUCUACUAUGAAGGCAGAUAGUGUUGCCCAACUGAGCUCGCAUCGCAUCCUCAUGGAUCUCCGAGAAGCCCAGAAGUGCCGAGCUCAGAACGCCUACACAAACCUUGACCCUGCCACGGUGGAAUCAAAUAUUGCCUACGUCGAGAGUGCUGCCAGGUGGGGCCGCUUCGAAGAACUGCAACACUGUGUUUAUCUCAAUGCGCUUCGUCGGCAGCAAAGGCCGAUAUAUGGGAGCAACGUCAUAAGCAUGUUAAACAUCAACGCCCAUGACCGUCUGCGCAAGCCUCGGCCUCGAGUUCCUCGAAAAAUCAUGGAAUGGUUCGACUCCGAUUCGGCCUUUGUCCAGGCGCUAACUCCGUCCCUCGAACAGAGGGCGGAUAGCCUCAAGACUGCCAUUGAAAAGUUCUCCUGCGUCACGCCGGCGGUGGUGACUCGGGACCUUGACCAGUUCAUUCUGGGUCGAAAGGGUGUCGAGGCGUUUACUGACGAAGAUCUGAAGCUAUCAGCACCGGUGCGAUGGGCCCCUUUCAUGCCCAAGCAGCCCCCUGCAGACCCUUGGCAUGAGGCCCGAAUGCGUCUCACCAUCCAGUUUCCCGACAAGCGUCUUCUUCAGUACGACUGCGGCAAACUUCAAGCACUAGACAAGCUGCUGCGCAAACUACAAGCUGGCGGCCACCGUGCGCUCAUCUUUACCCAGAUGACAAAAGUCCUCGACAUCCUAGAGCAGUUUUUGAACAUUCACGGGCACAAGUACCUUCGACUGGAUGGCGCCACAAAAGUUGAGCAGCGUCAAAUCUUGACGGAUCGGUUCAACCAUGAUUCACGCAUUCUCUGUUUCAUCCUAUCCACUCGAUCAGGAGGUCUGGGCAUCAAUCUUACGGGCGCAGACACAGUCAUCUUUUACGACCAGGACUGGAACCCGGCCAUGGACAAACAGUGCCAGGACCGAUGCCAUCGUAUCGGCCAAACGCGUGAUGUGCACAUCUACCGCCUCGUGAGCGAGCACACUAUCGAGGCGAACAUUCUCCGCAAAGCAUCACAAAAGCAGAUGCUUGACGACGUAGUUAUUCAGGAAGGCGAGUUCAACACGGAUUCUUUCAAUCGCCCCUCGGUCAGAGACAUCCUCGGCGAAAAGGUGGAUUUCAUGAGCGAGGGCGUUGCUGCGGCAGAUGCCGCCCUUGAUCUAGUCCUUGGCGGAUCAGAAAGCAGUAAUGAUCAGCGCCGUGUCGGUCGCGUCUUUGAACAGGCUGAGGACAAGGAGGAUGUGGCCGCCGCACGCGUGGCAGAGAAAGAGAUUCUGGCCGACGAUGCUGAUUUUACGGAAAAGGCCGGCGGAGCUGCCUCGGGUACUUCGACAGCUCGUCAAGGGACGCCGGCAGGCAAGUCCAUCUUUGACGGGGGCAUCGGAAUCCUAGACGGACCGGACGAACCCGGCAUCGACGUUAUUGAGGAGUACAACGCUUGGGGCGGAAGAAUGGGCAAUGUUGAUGACUACAUGCUUUCUAUAAUGACGGAGGAGCUGAAGCAUACGAAACUGGAGUUGCCAAAGGAUAAGAAGAAGGGCAAGAAGAAGGGCAAAGACACGAGAAAACGAUGAUGGCGGGCGCAAUCCGGCUUUUGUUCCCAGCGAGUUUUGCGGUAGGACUCUCUACCAUUGGGUGUAAUCUCAUGAUUGUGUAUAGUACGGUACUAUGGUUUUUGCUGUAAGUUACUAUAGUGUUUGAGGGAGACUUGAUUGUGUGCGUUUAAAAAAAGGGUCAUAUCAUGAUGAGGGGAGUUUGGGACUUUCAAAAGGCGAUAGCAGGUUGAUUACUAGGUUCGUUUAGAUCUGGAGGGCAUGGGCACUGCCAUUGGAAAUGCGCAUAAAUCGAAUAAUCUCCCCUG